ACCUCUUCCUGCUCUUCUUAUUAAACCUUCUUUUCUUUAUCUGUCUGAAACUUUUCCUCUCCACCCUCUCUGCUUGUCCUUCUCAAUUCCUCUCUCUUAUGGCAUCUUCUUCUGGAAGCCUCGACACCUCUGCUAACUCCCGCUCCACCUUCACUUUCUCUACGCGUUCAUUCAUGAACACUUCUUUUUCCGACCUUCUCGCUUCUCCGGCCGCCGCCGACAUCCCCGCCUCCGCCGUCGAUAAGCCUCGCGGAUUUUCGGAUCGUAUAGCAGAGAGGACUGGGUUGGGCAUGCCCAAAUUCAAGUCGACCCCGCCUCCUUCGCUGCCUCUCUCUCGUCCUGCCAUUUCUCCUUCUUCUUACUUCGCCAUCCCUCCUGGGAUGAGCCCAGCGGAGCUUCUUGACUCGCCUGUUCUCCUCAAUGCGUCUAACAUAUUGCCAUCUCCGACCACUGGAGCAUUCUCUGCUCAGGCCUUCAAUUGGAAGAGCAGUUCUGGGCAACAGCAGCAAAAUAUCAAAGAAGAAGACAAGAACUUCUCAAGCUUCUCGUUUCAACCCCAACCCAGGGCUCCUCUUCCAUCCACCACAACGUUUCCAUCUUCAGCUGCCUCGAAUCAAAAUCAACAGGCAUGGAGUUUUCAGGAAGCCACCAAGCAAGAUAACUUCUCUUCAGGAAAGACCAUAGUGAAAGCCGAGAACGCUUCAAUACAGAGCUAUUCCACUGAGAUGGUCAGCAAUGUCCAGACAAACCAUAACAGUGGGUUUCAAUCGGAUCAUAGCAAUUACCACCCACAACCUCAGACCUUAAGCAGAAGAUCAGAUGAUGGAUACAACUGGAGAAAAUAUGGGCAGAAGCAAGUGAAAGGAAGCGAGAAUCCUAGAAGCUAUUACAAAUGCACAUAUCCUAGUUGCCCAACGAAGAAGAAGGUUGAGAGAUCUUUGGACGGGCAAAUUACAGAGAUAGUUUACAAGGGAACACAUAACCAUCCCAAGCCUCAGGCAACUAGGAGAAACUCAUCAAAUGCAUCUUCUCUCGCCAUUAUUCCUGCUACAAAUUCUGUGACCGCUGAAAUGCAAGAUCAGUCAUUUGCCAGCCAUGGUAAUGGACAAAUGGAUUCAGCUGCAACACCAGAGAACUCGUCCAUAUCGAUGGGAGAUGAUGAUUUUGAGCAGACUUCCCAGAGGACUAGAUCAGGAGAUGAGUUUGAUGAAGACGAAUCUGAUGCCAAAAGAUGGAAAAUGGAAGGUGAAAAUGAGGGUGUAUCGGCAGCUGGAAGUAGAACAGUGAGAGAACCCAGAGUUGUAGUCCAGACAACCAGUGACAUAGAUAUUCUAGACGAUGGGUACAGAUGGAGAAAAUACGGGCAAAAAGUAGUGAAGGGAAAUCCAAAUCCAAGGAGCUACUACAAAUGCACACACCCAGGAUGUCCAGUGAGGAAGCACGUAGAGAGAGCCUCACACGACCUGAGAGCAGUGAUCACAACCUACGAGGGAAAGCAUAACCAUGAUGUCCCUGCGGCCAGAGGGAGCGGCAGCCAUUCCGCGAACAGGCCUCCGUUGAACAAUUCCACAAACAGCAACGGUGCAAUCCCCACAGCCAUAAGGCCAUCGGCCAUCGCACACAACGCCAACAAUUCAAUGAACAACGGUGGUAUUCAGAAUUACAGGGCAGCAGCGUCAGGACCAGAAGGUCAAUCAUCAUCGCUUGCCCUAGGGAUGAUUCAGGGCCCAGGAAGCUUCGGGUUUUCGGGGUUCGGGAAUCCGAUGGGGUCUUUCAUGAACCAUAGCAAUAUUCAGCAGCAACCACAAUCGGAGAACGGGUUUUCUUCCAGGGCCAAGGAGGAGCCCAGGGACGACGUGUUUCUGGAAUCUUUACUGUGCUGAAUUUUAACGAAUUGACAGCAUGGUGAUGGAAGGUUCCGUUAAGUUUUACUUGACCAAAGAAGACAAAAAGGAGGAGAUAGAUUCCAUUUAUUGCAUUAUUUAAUUUAAGUUUGUUGUUGUAUAUUAGCCACAGGAUCGACAUAUACUGCUGUAUAUUGCCAUAAUUGUUGUAUGUUCGCGCGCGCGGCGUUGGUAAAAUUUUUUGAUUGUUUUUA